AUGCACGGUUGUUCGCUUAAAUCUUUGUCAGGGCAUAAAAAGUGAGGUAUAUACCCAUUUUGGACUGUUCAUUAACCUACUCAGUACACAGGGGCAAGUCAUAUAAUUAUAAUAAAUUAGUUCAAUUGAUUUUAGGCUGCUGAAGCUGAAUAGUCAACAGUGUCAGUACGCAUGUGCGAGACCGUGCACGUAAUUAACCGAAUUAUUGGAAGAUUAUUUCGAAAAAGAAAGUGGUGAUAGAGUACAAGAUCGUUUAAGUUAUCAACAGUUAAGCUAAGGUGUAAUAAACUAAAUGUGUAAUUUUAAUCUUCACGUUAGAUAAAAUCUGAUCUCGAUAGAAAAGGAGUGAACACAUUGUACAAACUGUAGAGUACAGUAGUCGUGUAACUUAUAAGGAAGAUAUAUUCGGGUAAUAUUUUCAAGUUACAACUAAAGGAUUACGUUUAGAUGAACCAGAACGAGGACAACCCUACAAGCUUCCUAGGUGUCCAACCUAGAGAUAUAUUAUGUGCAGACAAACUUGUUGAGCUAGAAAAAGUUGACAAGAGUUGUAAUCAGGAGAGCUGGUGUAUAGCAUGGGCGCCAGAUUGUUCUUACGUAGCCUGGUCACAAGGUGGUGGAAUUGUUUACUUGUUGCCCUGGGCUCCUGAUGAAGGCCAACUGUUAAAGAAACCAACACGGGACCAGAGCUGUGAAAAUUUGAAUGAUAUCGAGGAGCAGCCAUUUUUUGACAAUCUCCCACGUCUUUCACAACCAGAUGGCGUUGAUGAAAUUGAGGGAGAUUUUGAAUGGAACCAAAGUCCGGGACCAAGCAACAAUCGUCAAGUUGAGGCUCAGCGAUUUCGUAUCGAUUGUAUGGACUAUGUGUGGUCAAUGACGUUUGGAAGUGGAAUUUCACGGUCAAAAAAUAAUGUUACAAAACGUAGACGAUUCAGCUUUAACAGUGAUCUGAUACUUGUGACUGGUCUUCAAGGCGGAAAAAUUAAAGUAUGGAAUGUAUACACAGGUAAUUUGAUAAUGGAGCUGUUAGACCACAAGAAAAAUGUGCACGGGUUAAGUGUAAUGUGUGACGGGACCCUCAAACUUGCCUCCUGCUCGGCCGAUUGUACUAUCAAAUGCUGGGACUUGAACAAUGAUGGAAACAUGUAUAAAACAUUGAGAUUUAAAGAAAAUGUAAUGGUAUUUGAUUGUAAGUGGUCACCAAAUUGUAAACAGCUGGCAGCUGUUGGGAUGAAUAAAUGUGCAUACGUAUGGAAUACUUCGAAUCUCAGUCAACCAAGAAAACUUUCCGGCCACCUACACAACGUUGUACAUUGUGAUUUCUCACCAGAUGGUGCUUUGCUUGCAACGGCAUCAUUUGAUACACGGGUCAUACUAUGGGAUCCAUACACUGGGGACCAGAUUAAAACUCUAGGACAUAUGUUUCCGUCUCCGCGACCUAUAUAUGCAGGAGGGGCUAACGAGCACUAUGCCAGGUGUGUCUCAUUCUCUAAACAUGGUUACAGGAUCGCUACAGUUGCUGAUGAUGGGUUCUUAAGAGUAUGGAGUUUGGAAGAUUCUGAGGAAAAUCCACUAAGUAUUGCUGAGAUACAGAAACCCUUAUGUUGUUGCUAUAGCUCUAAUGGCCACGUAAUAUCAACAGGGAAUCGUGCUGGUAAGAUCGAGAUUUUCCGUCCACAACCGUGCGGAGUGGCCAAGUUACAACACCUGUGCCGAAUGUCAGUACGUCAGAAAAUUCAGGAGCCCAAGCUAGUUGAUUCACUGCAAUAUCCAUUCCGUUUGAAGGAGUACUUGAAAUACAAACAUCUCUGAACCCUCCCGUUCAGAAAGAUGUGUUCAGAUUUUGAGAUUGUCAAGUAGUAUUCUUUUUCUGUAUCUCUUAGAUAAGAGAAAUUGUAAGCUUUGCUUUGAUUUUUUUAAUCACAAGUAAAUUUGUAGCUCAUACAUACAAAACGACAAUACUUUUCACUGACAUAGAGUUAGAAUUAGCAAGACCCUUUUGCAGAAAUGCAUAAUAAGCAAGCUGUUUUCUGACACAGAGUACAGAAUACCAAGCAUCCAAAAGAUCUGCCUGUAUGUCACUUGUGAACAGAGAGAUGAUGAGCUCUUUUUAGGAGAAUGCUUCUGUAAAUAGAUAAAAGGAAAUUAAGCAUACCUAUGUCUAAAAACGGAUUUGGUUAUAUAUGUCUGUGAUAGAUAUUGAAAUAUAUUGUGAUAAUCAUGCCUAUAAUGUGCUGUAAAAAAGCCAUUGAUGAAGUCAAGUAUAUUUUGAAGGGUCAUGGUUAUUAAGAUUUUCUAUAGCAUUCAUGCUAGACUUUCUAAUUUUCAUAUUUAUAUGUGUAAAUCUUUGUGAAAAGAACAUGUCUAAGCCUUGACUGAAUACUCUAGACACUUUAAAUCCACUGAGAAGUAUUGGACCGUUAAAAUAAAACAUAUCUGAUUUGACUGGCCAUAACUUGAACAAUUUUAAAGGUAUCUAUAUAAAACUUGGAACACUUGCUUAUCAUAACAAGAGGCAGUUGUAAGACAAGGGAUAUGAUUCUGAAAGCUAUAAUUUUUGAGUUAUACUCCUUUUUUUCUUGGAUUUUUUUUUCCUGAAAUGAUUAUUUUAACAGAUGAGUGUGGCACAUGUGGUGCUCUUGUUUUCUGUCAUGCUAUGACACUGCCUGCCAAAAACUUAAGCCAGAUGUCUAGAGCUGUGUUGCAUUCAAGCUCCUUGUUUCUUUUCCUUCAUAUUGUAAAGAUAAAUUUAUGUAAAACUUUUCAUUACUUAUGUAACACU